UCGCUACUGGGGGAUGGGAUGGGAAUUCUGGGAGGAGUUUAACAGUGACCUCAUACUACAUAUAUUGGAAGUCUGAACCGGCAUUUACUUAAUAUUCCCUUUUAAUCUAACCGUAGUACAACAAAAGCUUACAUCUAUUCAGCAUCUGCCAAUUUGUCCUCUGUAUCCUUCACGGGUCCAACAAACGACGUAGAGCUGUAAGGAUGAAGAUUGAAAACAGCCUGCCAUGCUCUCAGCUCCCUGAGGCCCCUCCACAGACUGGGCUACAGUUUACAGUGGCAACAGACGAGGACUUUGAUGACAUCAUGGCUAUGAGCAAGGAUAUCUAUGGUGGCCUGGACUACCUUCCCUCUCGGUAUCAAGCCUGGCUGCAGGAGAGCAACCGCAUUGUCAUUUUGGCUCGCAAACAAGGCAAAGUGAUUGCUCUGGAGUCAGUAUGUGUUAUUGAUGAUGGGGAGACCAUGCUGGUGGAAGGGCUUCGUGUUGCCCCACAGGAGAGGGGGAAAGGUGUGGCAGGGGUUCUUCUCCGGUUUUGCUCUCAGCUGGUUAAGUCCAAGUACCCUGAGGUUAAAGUCAGCAGAUUGACCAGAGAUGACCAACUGGGGCCAAAAGACUUCCAGAAGUACCGACUUAUCACCAAACAGGGAAUUCUCCUGGUGCGCUUCCGUGCUGAAGACUUAAAAUUACGCCUUGCUGAUCUUGGGCCUAAUAUCAGUAUUGCUGGGGAGGGUUCUUCCCCAACAAAUACCCCAGUCCAUUUGGAGCCUGCAGAGGUGCAUCAGCUCUUCUUAAGUGAUGUUCUAAUGCAGGAUGUCCUCCCCAAUGCCACCAUCGUUCAAGAUUGGCAACCCUUCAAGCCUCUUCCUAGCAACAUGGCCAUCCUUCUGAAGAAGGACAUUGAUUGGAUGGUUGAUGAUGCCAUGCAUCCAACCAUGGCCAGCCUGUGCACCUUCCCAUUCCGUGUGCCAAUCGGAGAUGACUGGUACUACCUUAACAUCGACAUGUUUGGCAAAGACCUAGUGCUGGCCAUAAAACUGCUAUUGUGCCACCUAAGGUGCCACACUGGCACUCUAAAGGGUUAUGUGAUGUGUCAGGUGUUCCUGGAACCAGAACUCUGGAAACCUAUGGCGGAUUUCUUUAGGGUGAUGCUUAAAGUGGAGUUGGUGAAAGAAUACACUGAGCAGUGCGUUGUGGAGUCUGAUGUUGUUUAGUAAAGGGAUGACAGCAAAUGGAAAGGAGCCUCAGAAACCCUUCCCUUAAAAUUAGACAACAAAAUUACAUAAACAGGAGGACCUCCUUCAAAUAUGACACUUAAAAGAAAUUCAUACAUCCAUAAAAAACAUCUAAAUUAUCUACUCAAAUGGGAUGGAAAAUACGUUAACAUUAUUCUGCUUGAUAAUAGAACUUUCUUGUAGAAUUUAAUUUAACAAAAAAUUAUUAAAAUGACAUGUAUUUAAUGGAAAACAAACAAACCACAAAAUAGAAGCUUUUUAGGGAACCUAAUUUAUUUCCAUAUGCAGCACUGUGAACAGCGGCACUGACAGAUGGGACAACUAGAGACAUCCUCUCAUGCGCUCUGGACAAAACAGGAGCAGUUGCAGAUUAAAUAAAAAUGGGGACCCAAAUGAUAAGGUUUGUCCUAGGCUCUCCCAUUUCUGUUGGUGUCAUUGGCAGUGAAUGCAUAUUUUCUCAUACUGAGUUGCGAAGAAAACUGCACAAUCUUUAGGGCACUUUAUGAUCAGAAAUUUGAUCUUACUUUAGUGUCUGUUGCUCUUUCAGGAAUUUGGCACUGUAGCUGCUAAUACUUAGAGGAAAAAAAUAUUUCUGUUUAAUUGGAGACUUCACAGGCUACCCAUAUACAGAUCUAAAUUGCCAAUCUUAGUACAGUUUUAUUAAUACUUUUUUUUAUUAAUCUUAAUUGAAAUUACUAAAAUUGACUCAUUGUGAAAAGUAAUCUCAGUUUAAGCAGUUGUGCUAUAUCAUUUUUCAAUGCGCAUUAAAAAAUAAUGAAACUCAUCGUUUUAAAUAAUAUUUCCUCUAAAAGUACUUUGCAGUGUUUAUAACUCAGUGUCUAAAUAUGUCUAGCUGAGAACUUUGCUUGUACAUUUAGCUUACAGUCUAAUUUAUUUUGUAUUUAUUUUUUUGUUAUGUAAUUGAACUUAUUUGCUAAAAAUAUAUUGUCAGUAUUUGUAGUUAACUGUAGAUGCAAAGUGCAAUUUCAAGUACACUGGAAUAUUGUUAGUUGUACAUUAAGUUAAUUAAUUAACAACUAUUAAUGAGAAAUACAAUUUUAUUUGAUUCAAUAUUUAUUUCUAAAAUAAUUAUAAACUGACUGAUACUGUUUGAGUUAUAGGAUGACAUUUGAAAAUUACAUUAAAAUACAAAUGACAGUAAAUAUUAUUAGGCGUAUUUAUAGUACACUAUAUAUAUAUAUAUAUAUAUAUAUAUAUAUAUAUAUAUAUAUAU